UCUUCCGCGGGCCGGCUGGUUCGGCCUGUGCACCCCGCACCCGCGCCCUUCGCCCGGCCCGAUGGCUCCGCGGCCGCUGAGCCCCUUGGUGCUGGCGCUGGGCGGCGCCGCGGCCGUGCUGGGCUCAGUACUCUUCAUCCUCUGGAAGGCCUACUUCGGGCGCGGACGGGAGCGGCGCUGGGACCGGAACGAGGCCUGGUGGGGCGCGGAGCCUCCUCGCCUCUCUGAGUGGGACGAGUGGGACCCUGAAGACGAGGAGGACGAAGAGCCGGCGCUGGAGGAGUUGGAGCAGCGUGAGGUGCUGGUGCUGGGGCUGGAUGGCUCAGGGAAGAGCACGUUCCUGCGCGUGCUGUCUGGGAAGCCACCGCUGGAAGGCCACAUCCCCACCUGGGGCUUCAAUUCUGUGCGGCUGCCCACCAAGGACUUCGAGGUGGACCUGCUAGAGAUCGGUGGCAGUCAGAACCUACGCUUCUACUGGAAGGAGUUUGUGAAUGAAGUAGACGUACUGGUGUUCCUGGUGGACUCGGCUGACCGGCUGCGGCUGCCUUGGGCCCGGCAGGAACUGCACAAGCUGCUGGACAAGGACCCUGACCUGCCUGUCGUCGUGGUGGCCAACAAGCAGGACCUGAGUGAGGCCAUGAGCAUGGUGGAGCUGCAGCAGGAGCUGGGCCUGCAGGCUGUCGACAGCCAGCGGGAGGUGUUCCUCUUGGCAGCCAGCAUCGCCCCUGCAGGACCUGGCUUUGAAGACCCCGGCACCGUGCAUAUCUGGAGACUGCUCUUGGAGCUUCUCUCCUAGGCUGGCCCCCACCUGCUCACGCACCCAACCCUGGAGACGCCCGUUCUGCCACUCCUGCUUCUCUAUUGCCAGCCUGGGCCUGAGGCGGGAGCUGUGUGGCAACUCUUCCCUUCUCUCCUCCCACGCUCCAGAACAGGGCCUGAGCAAGGCCAAGAACCACACAGAGGCCUUCCUGGUGAGGUGGCCGUGAGGCUGAAGUGGGGAGGCAGGUGGGGCAGACAGUGGAAGAGCAUAGUGUCUGGCUCACUCCAGGCUGCAAGUGGAUCCAAUUGUCACCAGUGAAGGCCUGCACCCUCCUUCUCUGAUGUGUAAAGCAAGGUGCUCAGUGGGCUCAGUUCUCACCACUGCAGGUUGUGGUGACUGAGAACCAGUAUAGUGUCAGAAGUACUCCCAAUCUGAACCAUUCCCUCCUGGAGACUUCACGCCCCUCUCAUGCAGGCAGGUUCUGGGCAGUACACAGUGAGCUGUGGCUCCAAGGCCUACGAUGUCCUACAGCCCCAGUUCUGCCCAGCUGGGUCAUGGCCUUGUGCUAUCUCUGCCUCUCUGGCCCUGGGGCCAUCAUUUUUAAAGAGAGGUGAUUUCCAUGAGUUUUUUUUUUUUUUUUUUUUUUUUUUUUUCUGACUUGGAAAUACGUUUUCCAGCCAUGAAGGUAAGAAGUGCUAGAACGAACCUGGAGAUCCUAGCAAGCUUUCUGAAACCUGCUUCUGCAAGCCAAGGCCUGCCUGCCAGACUACAGGAUCAAGUGGUAUUCACCCCCAAUCAAAAAAACUAAAGGCUUUUUCCCCCCUAAUCUGGACACACAAGCUGCUGCUCUUGCACUAACUGUGCCAAUGCCCAUGUUUACAGAAGUCUGGGGGAGGAACCCAUGUCCCUGGGGAGACAACUGUCAGCUGGAGCUGGGUGUUGGCCUCAGAACUGCGUUUUAAUUAUUUAUUUAUUUAUAAAAGGAACAGGCCAAAGUUUUAGGUUCUGUUUCUAGGUGCUGUUAUCAGAACCCCAGAUGACUGUCAUGGAAAACUUGUGUCUUUGAGGACAAUAGCUGGAAUUGUGAGGCAAUGUGAUAACCUCCACAUGUCAGUGGAGACAAAGCUCUAGCUUCCCCCUAUCAUUUACAGCUGUAUGCAGUAUCAUACUUCACAUUAAUCCACAUGAACUUAAACUCCACCACCUGGCCUGAUAAGUCAAAAGGACACACCUCCUUCUGUGUAGAUGGUGACUCUAGGAGAGGAAAUUUGAAUCAUGUAAAUCCAGGCAAAAAGAGAUGGGAAUUAGCAGAUCAGCCAAUAGGGGGACUUUGGGUACCUCACUCAGCCUUUCUGGACCUGCUGAUUCCUCAGCUAAAGCAAAGUUGGACAGAAUUUCUGGGUUUUCUCCAGUGCACACUCCAGGAUUCUCCUGUUUCUGGUGACCAGCCAGUUUGUCUGUAUAUUGACACUUCUCUUUAGUGCAGGCAAAAGAAGGAGCCUUUUGUCUGUCAGGGGCUACUGAGUAAUCAGUAGCCACAAAUGGACUUUUUUUUUUAGAGGUCAUAUCCAACUCCGUUUGCUUUUUAAUUGAGAAUACAGAUUAUGUGCCUUCAUUUCAUUUGACAUUUACUCAGUGUGCUUCAGUUCCAUGCUGUGGCCUAUGUGAGAAAAGGCACAGGGAGGGAGGGUGGGGAGGGAACCCCCCAAAUCCAGAAGUGUGAUUAUUGGAACAGUGGCCUACCAUGCUCUUGGGCAGUAGGUAUAUCAACAGAAUCACUGUUAUUUGAAAUCCUGAUUAAUGUUCGCAGAAGAAAGAUUUUGUUUGCUUUUACUUAAAAUAUUUAAGGAAUGACUUGGCUUUUAAAGAGUAGCCUUUGAAACUUUGUCAACAAAUUUUCAUUUUGACAUUGAAAGAUUAUAAAACUACUUCUCUGUUCUUUGAACUCCUGGUUCUCCAGUGCUUGACAUUUACCUUUGGAACCAGCAGUGUUGUAGGGGAUCCUUUUCUAAUUAAGAUCUGCCUUUGGUCUAAUGAGUAUCAUUAUGUAAUACAAUUUUCAAAGUCUCCAGUGAGGGCAGUGAACUUGAAUAAAGAGUUUAACUAACUAUAUCUACUUGAGCAACUUUUGAAGACCACUCCCAGAACAGACAGGUCCGAGUGGUACACCAGAAGAGACACCACCGGGGGGCGCUGAAGGUCCAGAGUACCACCCCUCUGAUACUUGUGCAGAAUAUAGAUGUUCUCUUGGCCUGUGAGUGUGCCUCAUCACAUUUGUGGCUGACAGCUGUGCUCUGGUAGGGUCGUUGGCCUAUCCUCCAGGCAAAGUGCCAACAGUGCUUAUCUGCUCUGGUUUCUGCCAGGAUUAGACCAGAUGAAGUAGAGGAGUGGGGCUCUCUUACGAACAGCUACAUGCCUGGCCUGUGGUGCUCUUACUCAUUUGCUCCCGAAUGUGACUUUCUGAUUCACAAGCCCAGAUCACCUGCUCCUGGGACCCAGCCAUUAUCUGGAGUUCAUCUCAAAGUUUUCUGAGCUAGCCUGGGUGACACUGCCCCCACCCCACUCUACCCCACUGCCCCAACACUACAGCUCCCAACCUACCUGAGCAUGGGUUAGGGGUCAAAUGUCAGCAGCUCUCCUAACAAAGGCAGCUGGAAGGUAGGAAGGCUCUGGGUCUGAGAGAACAGAUGGGCACUCCACAUCAAAGGGAAGCCUCUGCUUCUUCUUGCCUGUUGAACCUAUGCCUCAUCAUUCACCCUGGCCCUAAGGGCUUCUGUUCUUAAGAAUUACUUAAUGCAAUGUGGCUUCUGGUUUUCCAUUCUCUGACCUGCUGCCAACCCUCAGGAGAGGCCAACUUGGCUGAAAGCUUGGUCAUGUGGAUGGCCUGAGCAAAAUUAGGUUCCUGAGACUACUGAGACCACCACCUUGGACUGGCUGCCUAUCCCAAGAAGCCUCCUCUGGUACCUCUUGGUGCCCAGAUGUGGGUUGUAAGCUUGCGCUGACACACUGGCAUCCAGCUGUAAGGACGGGGUGGGAUGGUGAAAUCAGUCCAUCACAGCCCUCCCAGUCCUACAGAGAGGUGCUGAUGAGAAUCUGAGGACUCUUCCCCGUCUGCCUGAAUGAAACACUAGAUUCUCCAAAAAAUGUUUCCACUUGACUUUAGAAAACAUUUGUUCUUAUGCUAGUUUAGUAGCAAUUGCCAGCACUUUGAACUAGCUGCUGAAACUCACCGAUGGUAUUCAUCCUCGAGCACCUGCCCACACCUCAGACCUGGGAAUAGUCUUAGUCUGCCUGUCUUGUUUGUUGACUCACACAUCCCCGAAGUCCUUUCUAGUAAAGAACCUCCACCUUUUCCUCUGCUGCCUCUGCGAGGUGGGCCCAUGAGGUACAUGGGGAGAAUUGCCAUCAAAGAUCUGGAAGAGGCCUUGCUGUCCCAGCCCAAGCCCUAUGAACCCAGACCUGCAGGGUUGCCAAGGACAAUCUGCAUUAAAGAGCACCGGCAGCAGUUUGAGCCACACAAUAAAUGCCAAAAACUCA